AUGGCGGACAAAGUGGUCGACAAAAAGCCCGAAAUUGACUUGGACACCGAAUUUUAUCCCUGUUGCAUUACAUGGACAACUAUUCCAGUUAUAUCAUGGUUUCUUCCAUUUAUAGGACAUCCAGCUGUAUGUGACACCAAAGGUAUUCAUCAUGAUUAUAGCUUUCCCCAUAUAGUCCAUGCGGGACGACGGACUAUAUUAGGGCGGACAUUUAAAUACCUUCCUCUUCAGUUUGGUGAUGGUGUAACCUGUGACGACUUUGAGAAGGCCAUUGACACUGCAAAUAAGAAGUGGAAACACAUUAUGCACAAGUACAUCAUCGACAAUUGCCACGAUUAUUGUGUCGACAUCCUCAACGAUAUUAAAUAUAAAAACAAGGACAACUGGUGCAACUUCACGUUUAUGCUCGAGCUUCUCUUCCACUCCGUUUAUGUGAAUAAAUCCCGACAUUUUGCCACUUAUCUCCCCGGCAUAAUAUUAUGGUCGUUUAUCCUGUUGGCUAUUGGAGGCUUUAUCGUUGUCAUGUUAUAUCAGAAGAACUUCUUUUAA